GUCGCGCAGGUUCUUGGGGGCUGGCCAUUCGGUGACGGCCUUGACUUUGACCGGGUCCAUGGCCACCUCGCCUUCGCGGAUGAUGAGGCCGAGGUACUCUACCUCCGUCUUCUCAAACUCGCACUUCUCUGGUCGCAGGUAGAGGUCGUGUUCCUG